GUUGUGUAAGUUUUAAACGCUGUUAUUUAAACACUAUAAAUACAAAGGACAGAGAAAUUGAAUAUGUAGCAUUUUGUCAAGUUCCUCCAGGUGUAGACAAUGUCAACGACAUGAUCAGGCUUGUUCACAGGUCAUGCUGAUCAAGAGAAUUCCAUUUGAGGACUCUGUGUGCACGCUAAUUGUGUUGUGAUCUACUGUGAAGUAUGGCCUCUUCUGUAGUCGGGUGCCGAGUUGGGGCCUGCGUUGUUGCCCGGUCUCAGUUGCAGCAACUCUGCACGGCAUCUGUCUGUGUGCGAUGUCUGUCGGUUGUGACAGACCCUAUGCGUAACUCCAUUAAACUUCCAAAGCCCUUGCCAACAAUCUCAAGAGCAACCCAGGCUGGUGUGCACUCAGAGAUCUUGAGGACUAACACAAGAAAGAUACCAUCUCCUGGGAAUUCCUGCCAAGGAGCUGUGAAGCGCUUCCAGGCAACAGUCUCUGCAGAUGCUCUCUCUGACGAGAUCACGUCCACCACUGACCCCAUUCAGGUCCUGAACCUCACCAGCCGUCACCGAUCUCGUCUGACCCACCUGCACGUUUACCAAGCCUUCAACCACCUCUGGCACCUUGCCAAGUUCCAUGACGGUCCAUACUUGGCUUGUUUUCUGGAGGUGGUCCGUGGCCAUCCAGAAUUCGAUGCUCUGUGUGUCUUGGCUGAAAACAAGUUGAAAGAUGUGGAUGGCAAGCUGCUUGUGGAUACUUUGUACGCGGCUUUGCGUCUCACUCCUGAGGUUCAUCACCCCUUUGUGCGGGAGCUGAGGACCGAGAUAAACCAUCGGCUCGAUGAGUUUGAGACAGACACGCUGUCCAAGCUUGUUGUGUGCCUCCAAGAUAUGAAUGACAACCGCAGCCCCAUGUUCUGCAAGAUUGUGCAGCUGUUUAGCGACAAGCUGCACAAGGUGGACAGCAUCCGCGAACUCUCGGCUUGGAUGCGGGAGGUCAUACACUUGGUGUCGCCGCCCAACAGACAAGCCAUCUUCCAGAAGGCAAGCCAGCUUCUGGCAGAGGCUAACCCUGCAGACAUCGGUGACAACAGCCUCAGGAGAGUCAUCCAGACUAUGGCGCGUUCGCGGAGCAUCAGCCAGCCGCUGUUGAACCAGUGCUCCCAGCUCUUGCUGGGGAUGAUCGAGAACAUCCCCGUCAAAGAGUCAUGCAUGGUGCAGUCCAUGUUGGAAAGCCUUGACUACGAAAACAAGGAGCUCCGAGAAGCAAUCCGGAAGACCAUCGCCAAAAAGCUUCCGGAUUGCCAAGAUCCUGACGAACUGUCCUAUGCUAUGGAGACCAUUGGGGGUGUCGCCUCUGCCAAUAUCAAACUUCUUCUGGCAGAUAAAGCCGAGGAGAUCGUAUCAAUCCUCUCCCCUAGUGCCAUUAGCCACAUGAGUGUUGGACUGCGCCUGAUGGGGUACCGGACCCAGAACCCGCUGGUGCGGAAGCUGGUCAAGAGAAUCAAAGCGGAAAGCAGUAACCUCCAGGUGGAAGGCAUCGCCGACAUUGUCGGAUUCCUGACCCGUGUCGAUAACCUGGACUCAGAGGUGUUUACACUCAUCCAGGAAAGGUUGCUUGAGAUACUCCGCUCUGCCUUCUCACCGAGUAGGGUACUGGGAUGUGUGUCCAGUCUCUCGCAGCUGCCUUCCUUAGACUCGCUAGACCAUAUUGUCCUUGAGCGAGUCCGGGCCAUGAUGCCACAGCUCCACAUCGCUGGCAUCAACCACAUGCUGCUGGCCACCAGCAGGAUUGCCCGCAAGUUGGACAAGUCAGGGACUCCGUGCCAAGAUUUCCUCAACUUGAAACAGGAGUUGUUUGAGAGGGCACAGGUGUCAAUCGACAAGAUCACAAGCAUCCAUUACCUCAACAACAUCGCAGAGAUCAUUCUCCAGGAUGGCGGCCACGUCUUGGUCCUGGACGCUGCCAUGAAGCAGUCCGGGAGCAUCCUGCACCGCCUGACCCCUCAGCUGGCCGUAGAGUGCGCCAGGAUCCUCUUCCGGGCCAGGUACCUCCAGCGAGAUCUGAUGGACCGGAUCUCUGAGGUGGCUACACAUAAGAUGAACAAGAUCACCCCGAUGCAGGUCUUGUACAUCCUGAGCCCUUUCUGUACCCUGAACUACCUCCCUCCCAACGCCCCGCAGUUCUUCCAGGCCUGCGUGGCCCGCUGUGAGCCUUUCCUGGACAGCCUUCCGUCCGGCUACCUGGUGGACUUGACUCACAUCUUGACCUUCCUUCAGCAGUUCCACGAGCCGUUCAUCCGACACAUAUUCAGCCUGGACUUCCUGACAAAACUGGACGAAGAGUUGGAAACCAUCCCGGAUCGUAGCAUGAUGUACCGUCGUAAGCUGAUGUACCUCAACCGCACCGUUGCGCUGGAGUGCCCCGAGCUACAGGUCCCCUGGUUCCACGAACAGUUCAGUCAAGACCUGCUCAAGAAACGUUCUUUGACGUUAGACUCGUCUUUGAUGUUGAUACAGAGCGCCCUCGUAGAGGUCUUGGGUGGAGCGCAGUACGUGCGGUCAUUUGUGGUGUCGCCGUACUACUACGAUAUCUCCUUUGAGUGUGUCUUGGACAGUGACGGCAACCCUCUAGCCUGUGCGGACUAUGGCAGCGUGCUGAACCGAUCCGAGGCCAAGGUAGCGGGGACCAUGCUGGCUGAUCUGAUGCAGUGGGGUACCCAGACUAAGCAGCUACCGCACGGUGCACAGAGGGUCGCCAUCGACUUCUUGUCCAGUUCGUUGUUCUGCAUCAACUCCAGGCGCACCCUAGGCAUGGUGGCUCUGAAACGAAGGCACAUGGAACUCAUGGGCUACAGAUACGUCCAGAUACCCCACUUUGUGUGGAGCUCCCAGGCCCUGACAGAACGUGAGGAGAGAACCGAGUAUCUGCGUCAGCUCAUUUUUAGCCCCAACGAGGAGCAAGAACAAGAGCAGCAGGAGCAGGGACUGGACGUGGGAAGCAGCCUGGGAGAGAUGCUGACGGGACGGGUCCAGCCCAAGCUGCCCAAGAACCUGGGCAUCCAGGAGGAGGGACUGCUGGAGGAUGAGAUGGUGCUGAAGGUCCUGAAUACCUUCGACAAGAUACGAUGAGAGUUAUAGGAGAAAUUGAGACAAUUAGUGGGGAGGUGGCAUGGGUCAAUUGCUUGUACAGCAACGCAGAGACAAAAUUCGGUCAAUUGGUUUCAAAUGGAAUAGGCCU